CCGACUCCGAAUGGAUCUACCUACUCAUAUCCUCGUGGUAUUUAUAAUGGCAGCCUGCAGGACUUAAGACCUCGAAGAGAGUUGUAUUGGAGAAGAAAGGAUAUAAUGGGUCAUCCUUUGACGAUGUCAAAUGUAAUACAGGAGAGCAACACUACUAAAUAUCAUUUACCGAGAGAGGAUAGAUUGCUACUUCACUAUGAUCCUUUUGCAAAAAUAUGUUGGAGCCACGUUCGAAUGGCAUUUGAAAUGUUAAAUGCGACACCUCGUUACAUCUUCAGCUACAGAUGGGGUUAUAUCAAAGACGGUCAAUGGUCAGGAAUGAUCAAUGAUCUUCGGAUUGGCAGAGCUGAUUUAGGUACCAAUUGCGUCGCUAACUCCAAACGCUUGGAAGUCGUAGUUUUCACAGAUUCAAUUGCGCAGUUCAAAGUGAAAUUUAUAUUCCGUCAGCCCCCACUCUCAUAUCUAGCUAAUGUCUUCGCCUUACCGUUUUCGAUGACUGUUUGGGUGGCUAUAGCACUUUCCACGGUAUUGGCUACUGUUUCUGUAUACUUCGCUAGUAAAUGGGAGGUGAAGAGGAUCGGUUUGAAUUCAAGUCAACUUGAUGGCAGUAUGGGGGAUGCCGUACUCUUAACAAUGAGUGCUUUGAGCCAACAAGGAUGCUCAAAGGAACCAAAAGGCUUAUCAGGUCGCAUAAUGCUGUGGGUAAUUUUCACAGCCCUCAUGGCGUUAUACGCUGCGUAUUGCGCAAACAUCGUGGUACUAUUACAGGCACCUUCCACUGGCAUUAAAACUUUGGAACAACUAUCAGAGUCCGGCAUAACUCUUGGUGCUAUCGACACAGACUACAACCGAUUUGUCUUUAGAAUGUUCAACGAUCCUGUAAGAGCAGCCUUUUUAAAAAAAAUAGAGCCCCCGAAAGGCAAACCACAUUACUAUGACCUAUAUGAAGGCGUUGCGAAGAUAAGACAAGGUUUCUUCGCCUUCCACUCCACAGUAGAUUCAAUCUACAGACGCGCUGAAGAAACAUUUCUUGAGAUGGAGAAAUGUGACCUUAAGGAAGUUGACUUUAUGAAUGCACGAUAUCCUUUGGUUCCAAUAUACAAGCAUUCGCCAUAUUUGGAACUGCUUAGAGUAGCUUUGAAGCGCAUCCGUGAAUCUGGCAUUCAGUCUGCACUCCAUGGCCGCAUAAUUAUUCCAAAGCCCAAGUGUACCCAUAGAAUAACAGCGUUUUCGAGCGUUGGCCUCCUAAAUAUGCGCCCAGUAUUGUACUUUAUUUUGUAUGGUAUCAUAGUGUCAGUUCUUAUAGUCUUGCUAGAAAUAGUUGUGAAUAAAAUUAUAAAUAAAUAAUUCAUGCAAUCUUUGUUACAAAAUAGGUUAUUAUAUUUCAUAUAAGUUACAGCACUUUUAAUUAUAAGAAAUUAAGCCGAAACACGUGUUGGUAACUUGCUGCGCUUGUUCACAAUUUCC